CUUUUAUCCGUCUUCUUCAUCUUCUCCAUCGUCUUUAAAGUCUGAUACUUUUCUUCGGUUAAGUUUCUCGUAAAGAUCCUUUUUUUUCAUCUGAUCUUCAACAAAAACACCAAAUCUCCCAUUCAAUUGGCUACUCAGAGACUCCCAGACCUUAAAGGCUUGAUUUUGCUCUCUCUUGUCUCCAUGAAGAAGGUGCUUCAUCGAAGCUUCAAGCCAGCGAAAUGCAAAAUCACAUUGCAAAUGGCGGCUUCGAGGCUGAAAAUACUGAAGAACAAGAAGGAUACACAGAUCAAGCAGUUGAGGAGAGAAUUGGCUCAUUUGCUAGAGUCAGGGCAGACCCAGACGGCUCUAAUCCGGGUGGAGCAUGUAGUGAGAGAAGAGAAGACAGUGGCUGCUUAUGAGCUCGUUGGUAUAUACUGUGAACUUAUCGUUAUUCGUUUGGGUGUCAUUGACUCACAAAAGACAUGCCCUAAUGAUCUUAAGGAAGCUGUUGCGAGUGUUUUAUACGCUUCAAAAAGGUUAUCAGAUGUCACUGAGCUAGCUGAUGUCGUUAAGCAUUUCUCUGCAAAGUAUGGAAAAGAUUUUGUUUCUGCUGCCGUUGGGUUGCAGCAAGAUUCUGGUGUGAGUCGCUUGUUGGUGGAUAAACUGUCUGUUAAAGCUCCUGAUGGUCCAACAAAGAACAAAAUUUUGAAAGAGAUUGCUAUGGAGCAUAAUGUAACAUGGGAAGCAGAAACUGUGGUUGAGCCAGAUCCAAAGGAAACUGUAUUGAUGAGUGGAGCAAGUUCCUCUCAGUCAGUUAGUGACAUAAACCCAGGUUCUGCAAGAAUCCCACACAAUCAACCUCCAGAGUUUCAAGCUCCAGCUACUGCUAACGUGUCGCAGAACGUAUAUGAAACUGAUGGAAGAUCUUCAUGCCGCACUGCAUCUACUGGUUACUAUCAUCAAGAUACAAGACCUUAUGGAGAUAAGACUGAUGGCAGAGAACACGGACCUCCGAAUCCAGGUUAUGGGGAUUCAUCUCCAUAUGAAACAGAAUUUGCUGAUGCUACGGCUGCUGCACGUGCAGCUGCUGAAUCUGCUGCAAGAGCGAGUUUUGCUGCACGUGCAGCUGCUGAGCUUUCAAGUAAAGAAAGGAUGAGGACGACGAUGCAGAGUUCUACAGAGUCUCAGAACUCAUCCUCUUAUGAUAAUAGAAGAAACGAGCCCUCACAUAGACACAGUAGUAGCAGCUCAAAUGUGCAAAGCGGAGGGUUUGUUAAAGAAGAAAUGCCAAGAAGAAACGAGCCCUCACAUAGACACAGUAGUAGCAGCUCAAAUGUGCAAAGCGGAGGGUUUGUUAAAGAAGAAAUGCCAAGAAGAAACGAGCCCUCACAUAGACACAGUAGUAGCAGCUCAAAUGUGCAAAGCGGAGGGUUUGUUAAAGAAGAAAUGCCAAGAAGCAGUUACAGGCAAGAAGAUCAAUCUACUGCUAGGACUGAGCUUUCUAAGAAGAAUGUUGAUGAACAAUCAGAAAAUGCUUCAUGGAAGAGAGGUCAUUCUCGAGAUAGCUCAUUGGAGAUGGAGCAGCCAAGUAAAGAUGAUAUCAACGUUAGCUGUUCAGAAGGUGUUCAACUCAAGAAACAGUCAAGCCACGCUUCUUCAGGAUCACACACAAGCUAUUUUUCUGAUGACAAUAACGUCACUUCCUCAGACCAUUUCGAUGCACCAAACAUCUUUGAGGAGAACCGGUUUCAGAGCACUGUUGAAGACACCGAGAGAUAUAAUCACGGUCCAGCUUUUGAUGACCAUAGCUCGUUUUUUGAUAAACCUCAAUUCGACACAGAAGAUGCUUAUGGCGAUGAGGCAGAACAUGGAUUAGGAUUUUCAUUGCUUGGAAGUAAGGAUGUAACACCUGAUCAUUUGCCAUCAGAGACACAUUCAUGGAGUUUCAAAGGAGACAAGUCUCUGGAACAAAGCUCAACCUCAGAGGUUCUUGAAAAGGAGAAGCCAAGUGCUCCAUUAUUUGAUGAUUGCCCUACAAGUCCUCCAGCUUCUCUGCAUGAGCCAGAGCCGUCUGCAAAGUUUGACGAUUAUGACCGAGAUUCUGAAAGUGAGGAAGACGAUAUGAGAAACAUAGGGAUACUUUCUGGACGUGUAGAAGAAAAGCCAAAGGUGACAUCUCACAAGUCACCAGUAGCUGACGUUCCUGAUGAUUUAGGACGCUACUUUUUCCCCUCAGACACAGAAGACCAAGAAGAUGAUUCCAUGCCACAUGAAGAGUCCGACACAGAAACUCCUAAAGGUCUUAGCUCUGGACCUGUGACCGAUGAACUCAGUAAUGAAAAGACUCUCCCACCUUAUGGAAUGAGCCCGCCAAGAGACAAGAUAUUGUCCAAGUCUGUAAAAGAGGAUGUUCAAACAGAGGUUGAUCCGCCGAGGUCUUCUUCUUCGCAGACGGUUCCUUCCAGCAGUAUCAGGAAAGAUCUUUACACUCAGGAAUCAAGCAACCCGGACAAGAGACCAAACUCUAUACCUCCAUAUUCAUCUUCUAGUGAUGAUGAAACAGAGAUGGAACUUCGAAAGAGAGUUUCUAUCAGAAGUCAAGAUAAAAAAACUGAGGUAAGAACACGCCCUACACAUCCUCAUUCACGUGUCACCCAUGACGACUCGAAGGAAGCUAUCCCUACUCGAGCUUCUGUUAGAAGACAAGACAAGAAGACUACCCCUGCUGUUGCCUCAUAUUUCCACUCAGUGUCCAGUGAUGAUGAAGAUGAUGAGAGAGAGUCACAUAGAGGUGGUUCAAGCAUUCAGACCAAGCCGUCUAUAUCCAUCUCACGAAGAACAAAGGGGCAAGAGAGAAGAUCAUCCUCCCUGGUUACUGCAAAAACUGACAAAGACUAUCAUGAACAGGAACCUAUCCCAAAGCUAGUACCUGAGGCCAAGCCACUGGCUAAGAAACAAGAUUCAGCUUCUUCAAGCUCUCUUCCAAAAACUGUUACAGUUUCUCACGAUCAAGAAUCUCCUCCAAAGCUAGCUCAUAAGGCCAAACCAGUGGCUGAUCGAGAAAGGCCAGCUUCAUCUUCAAGUUGUAUUCCAGAAACCGUGACAUCACCAGAACAAGUAAAACCAGCUAAGGAGAAAGCUAGCCAUGUUCAUCCCAAGCUCCCAGAUUACGACGACUUAUUUGCCAAGCUCGGGGCUGGGCGUCGCUGAACUUUUCUCUGAUCUACUACCCCUUUGUUGCUAUAUAUGAUACUCAUUGUUUUGUCAGCUCUUAUUCUUUUGUUUGAUUAUCUGCUUAAAUAUUGAACUUGCGAUUAUGUACUUAAUUUGUUAUGUACGAAAACAUAAACUUGACUUUCUUAUCAGAUUGUUGUCUUUUAUGUUUCAUGUAUAUAUAUAUUGAUUGCUUAUCUUAAAUGGUGUAA